UCUUCUCUUCCCCUAAAAUAUUUAAAAUCGAUUUCAAUGAUCUAAAGAGGCGAGUUUGGCGUUCUACUGCCCGUCUUAAAUAAAAAAAAUGUCUUUAAACAACCCAGCUUAAUUCCAUAGCGAUGCCAUAGAGAUGGCCGGACCUCCUCUGCAUCUACUCCUCCUCAUCGCCGUCGCUGGCGCGGCGGCGGCGCAGCCCGCCUUACCGCCUAACCCCAGUGGAAGCGGCAGCUCUUCUGGAAACAACGUGCAGGUAACUUUCCGGCCAAGCAUCGCCGUCGUGAUCGGAAUCUUCUCUAUCAUGUUCUCCUUAACCUUCCUCCUCCUCAUGUACGGCAAGUUCUGCCACUCCAGCGGCAACAACCCCUUCACCAACGCCGGCAUCAUAAUCUCCGGUAAUGGAAGCCAAGGCGAUGAUGGCCGGUCUUCCGGUAUCGACAAAUCGGUGAUUGAAUCCCUCCCCUUCUUCCAAUUCUCCGCUCUCAAAGGUUCCCGUGAAGGUCUUGAAUGCUCUGUUUGCCUCUCCAGAUUCGACGACGCAGAGAUACUUCGCCUGCUUCCGCGCUGCAAGCACGCGUUUCAUAAGGACUGUGUCGAUCGAUGGCUCGAAUCUCACUCAUCCUGCCCUCUUUGCCGCACUCGAGUUGACGUUGACGACAUCGCUUUCUUCAAAUACUCCGCCAGUUCGCGUUGCCUCCGCGAUACGUCCGCACCAGAAAUCGCGGAAGACGGCGCCGAUUCAGCCCUCGAGCUUUACAUCGAGCGCGAACACGCCUUAGCCGGCGGAGCCAUAUCGAGAGGGUUGGCCGCCAGCUUCCGCUGGGCAGAAAGGUUGAAAUUUGCCGCUUUGGGAAAGCAGGCGGCGCCGCUACACAACUUCAAGCACAGGGUACUCGUGUCUCAAGUCGUGUUCCAGAGCCGGUGGAGCGAUUUCAAUUCAGCCGAUUUGAUUAGCCUUGAUUCUGAGAUGCUGCGGGUGAUUUCGAGCAGGAGGUUUGAUCCAGCUGUCUCCGGUGUCGGUAGGAGCAUUGAAGUGAUUUCCCCGGAGUUUCCGGCGGCGGCGGGGGUGUCGAGGAUAAAGGAGGAGAUGGAAAGAAAGCGGAGAUUGGAGAGUAAGGCGGUACGGAUGCAAAUGCCAGAGGAGUAUUCGGCCGAGUUCUCGGCUUUGGAAAGGAGGGCUUUGAUAUCGCCGGCGAGUAGGUGUAUGUCGGAUAUCACGGCGGUGAGGAGUUCUCGGCCGUCGGGGAACUAUGGAGAGAAGGAGGAGAGAUUGAGGCAGAAGUGGCUGCCAAUUGCGCGGCGGACUGUGCAGUGGUUCGCCGGAAAGGAGGGGAGGAGAACGAUGAGGCCGGAUGGCGGAGGAGAGGGGGAAGAAAACGUGUAGAUGGAUGCAUAAUUUCGUUGAAUCUAACGUCAUAAAAUAGAGGAACACACAAAUACAAAUCUGGCCAACGUGAUUUACGGGAUUAGCUGGAUAUGGUUUGAUAGGACAGUAUUUGGGCAAAUCAUUGUAAGUUAAUUCACUGAUUUUUUUUUUUUUUUCUUGAAAGAAAAGUGGGAGAUAGAUCUUGUGCAGAAAGUGUUUUACAGAUUAAAUCACAGAAGAUUUCAGUUUCAGAUUUAUUUCUUUUGGGUUAGCGAAGCAAGAAUUUGGAAAGCAUGUGAAUAUGUGCUGCAUUAAUGG